AUGUUUGGUGUUAGAAGAACCAGAAUAUGGGAAAUGUGCUCAGAACGAUGUUUAAUGGGUAACUUGAAACUGGAGGUGCUGGUGAGGCAGAAGACAAAUGAGAAAGAGUAUAAUCUAAAGAUAAGUCAGUAUAACAAACCAGAGGUUGGGGGCAGGCUGCAGGCUGAUGCAAGUCCGUGUACACAGGAGCACAUAGAGAAGCUUGUUCAAGAAAUAAAUGCCUCUGUGGAGUAUUUGUUUGGACCAAGAGAUCCCAGGGUUAGAGGAUGGUUGAUGCUGGAUUCCUACCUACCAACCUUUUUCCUGACACUGCUGUAUUUACUUUUCAUAUGGCUGGGUACCAAAUAUAUGAAGAACAGGCCAGCAUUCUCUCUCAGGGGUCACCUUAUUGUUUACAACCUUGGGGUUACAUUGCUGUCUUUAUACAUGUUAAUAGAGCUUAUUCUUUCAUCAUGGCAAGGGGGCUACAAUUUACAGUGCCAGAACCUUUAUAGUGCGGGAGAAGCAGAUGUUCGGGUGGCCAAAGUAUUGUGGUGGUACUAUUUUUCGAAAGCUAUUGAGUUCAUGGACACAAUAUUUUUUGUUCUACGGAAAAAGAACAGUCAAAUUACAUUCCUUCAUGUAUAUCACCAUACCACUAUGUUCAAUAUAUGGUGGUGUAUAAUGAACUGGAUCCCAUGUGGUUUUUUUGGACCAACGCUUAAUAGCUUUAUUCAUUUUCUCAUGUAUUCAUAUUAUGGUAUGUCAGUUAUUCCAUCCAUGCAUAAAUACCUCUGGUGGAAGAAAUACCUCAUUCAGGCACAGCUGGUGCAGUUCCUGCUUAUAAUUACACACACACUGAGUGCAGCAGUUAAACCCUGUGGGUUUCAUGUUGGGUGCCUCAUGAUCCAGACCUCAUACGUGACCACUCUGGUUAUACUUUUUGUAAACUUUUACUUAAAGACGUACAAGAAAAGACCUUCCAAAUCAGAUCCAAAUGGAUUUCCAGCUGUGACUGAAAUGAAGAAUGGCGAUCACAAAGAAUUAUUAAAUGCAAGCAACGGAAUACUAUAUAAGAAGGAGCAAUAGUGUACUAUGAGGAGAUAUAAAAAUCCCAGAAUGCUCAAUACAGACAUACGAAUCCUCAUACCUACUGACCGAAUUCUACUUGAAACAAUUAUGAAAAAAACUGCACUGAAAUAUUAACCUGAUGACAUUUAGGGUUGGGAAAUGUGCAGCUGAAGCUUUUGUCUAAAUACCACUUUAGCAAUGAUGCAGAUGGAGAGCUUUUUUUUUUAAACUAUAGUCCAGAAAAUGCCUUAUGCCC